AUGCGCCUCACGCGCAAUGCCAAGGUCGGCCAGACGCCGGCGCAGCGGGCGCCCGUGACGCCGCGGAGCGCGCGGCGGCGCGGCCGGACGCCGGGCCUCAACCUCGGCGUCGCCGGCGCCGCCGCGUCGUUCGCGGGGACGCGGCGGCCGCCGUCCGCCGGCGCCACGCGGCGGCCGCCGUCCGCCGGCGCCACGCGGCGGCCGCCGAGCGCCGGCGCCACGCGUAGAGCUGUGGUGACGCUGACGCCGCGGCAGCUGACGCGCCCCGCCGCGGCCCCUGAAGAGACUAGGUCGUUCGCGGAGCUCUACGCCGCCGAGAUGGGCGCGACGGCGCCCGUGGUCAGAGAGGGCUGGCGCGACCAGGCGUCGCCCGAGCGGUGCGCCAUCCCGGCGGCGCAGCCCAUCUCCACGACCUACGAGAAGCCGCCCGCGACGCCGCCGCGGCCCAAACUGCGCGUGCGCCUCCCGUCGGGCGCGGCGCCGCCGCCGCCGCCCUCAUUAAACGUGACCUUCGGAAAAGCCGUCGCGUCGCCGAACGUCGUGCUGUCGCCGCCCAUGUCGCCGGCGGGCCGCGCGGCGCUCGACGAGGGCCUGUCGCCGCACCCGAACAAGUACUGCGAGACGGUGCGCGAGCGCAACUUGGAUCGGGACCGCGUGCCGCGGCCGCUGAGCCGCAGCUGGCGCCGCGCGCGGCCGCUGACGCCGGCGGCCGCGCGCGCGUUCCGGCGCCAGCGCGACUGCGAGGACGCCGCGGCGCUCGAGGGCUACCGGCGCGAGCGCGGCACCAUCGAGCGGCUCGCGCGCGAGGCCGAGCGCCAGGCGGUGCUGGUGGAGCCCUUCGCCGACGCGGAGGCGCUGCGGCGGGCGCCCGCGGAAGUCGCGGGCCCGACGCUCUGCGUGUCGCUGCCGGGCGGCUCGGCGUGCCGCGUGUCCGGGCCCCGCUUCGACGCGCACACGUGUGCCGUCGUGCUCCACGCGCUCGAGUGGCACCGGCACCUCCGCGGCGCGCAGGACCCGGACGCGGCGCUGCGCGACGCGCUCCGGCGCGCGCAGUGCGGCGCGUCCGUCCUCGACGCGGCGCGGGCGCGCCUCGCCGCGGCGAACGCGCGCGAGCACGAGCUGCGGCCGCGGGGCCCGAAGCGGCCGAAGACGAAGAAGAAGGGCUCCGCCGCGGGCGGCGCGCGCGCGGGCUGGCGCGUGGCGCGGCGCGCCGCGCGGUCCGCGGCGCGCGCCGUCGCCGACCUCGAGAACCGGCUGAACGCGGUCCUCCUGGACGAGCGCGGCGAGCCGUCCGCGCGCUUUCGGGUGGGCGCGACGAGCGUCGUGGUACGCCUCGUCCGCGCGAUGACGCCGGACCCGCGCCCGGCGGGCGCGCUCUUCCGCGGGCUCGCGAACGAGGCGACGUCGCCGCGGGGGGCGCACCGCAAGGACCUGCCGCCGCACGCGCUCGGCCGGGCCGGGCCCCUGACGCACACGGGAUAG